GAGAGGGACUGAAGGGACAAAAAGGUGAUCAAAGCGAGGACAGUCUCUUUUUACACAUUUCUUUACAGUGUAUGCAGUCUUUUGCAGGUUUAUUCAGAAGUCAGUCCCACUGUGCUCAAUAAGGCUGGCUCUUUAGUAACUGUGUUCAGGUUUGUAGCCUUAAUUAUUUAGUUAAUGUAUUUCUCAUGGGCACAGCAUACGGGAAUGAUUGAGUUAGACUCAUUUGCCAGCCUCUUGUAUAUUCCUUUAAAAGACUGAUACCUUUGUUCGUAAAAUCAGGGCAGCUUCUUGUUGUUAAAACAGUACACAUUAAAUAUACAUUAUCUCAAUAAGGCUAAUAAAAGUUGUUCAAUAAGCCAGAGGCAGCAUUUAAGGCGAGGGGGAAUUAAAAAAAAAUGAAUCACUCCAGCCACUUCUUCUUUUUUUAAAAGGUAGACAUGCUGGAUAUGAACUUUAAAUAAACAGGCCACCAAAAAGUCAGUUAGGAAUGUUAUUUAUGUAUAUAGCACCAUUGCUGUGUAUGGUGCUUUAAGAAGAGCAAGUGGCCAGGUCUCAGCCCCAAAGGAUUUACAAUCUGGAAAUAAACACCAGGCAGAUGAGAGAGAAAGGUGAUUGAGGGGGAACCAUAUUACCAUCUUGAACACCGAGGCAUGAGGCAGCAGUCCCUGAACCAGCACCGGGGUUGGUUUCUUCGUCUGCAAAAAGACCCCCAUGUCCACUGGUUUGAGCAACAGACUCUGAAGAGGAGGAGGAGGAGAACAGUUAGAGUGGUCCCCACUGACCCUUGGUUCCACAAGCAGUGGUAUAUGAACAAUGACGUGGCUCCAGACCUAAAUGUCCUCACUGCAUGGAGCCAGGGCUAUACGGGCUUGGGGGUGGUUGUGAGCAUCCUGGAUGAUGGUAUUGAGAAGGACCAUCCCGACCUUGUAGCUAAUUAUGACCCUCUGGCAAGUUAUGACUUCAAUGACAAUGAUCCUGACCCUCAACCACGAUACAAUGCGUGGGACGAGAAUCGGCACGGGACGCGCUGUGCCGGGGAGGUGGCUGCCAUGGCCAACAACGGCGUUUGUGGAGCUGGCAUUGCUUACCGGGCGAAAAUUGGGGGGGUGAGGAUGCUCGACGGCGCUGUGACGGACAUCGUGGAGGCUCGGUCCUUGAGUCUCCGCCCCCAGCACAUUGACAUCUACAGUGCCAGCUGGGGCCCAGAGGAUGAUGGGAAAACAGUGGACGGCCCGGGUGCUCUGGCCACAGAAGCCUUCCUCAAGGGAAUAGCGAAUGGCCGUGGUGGGCUGGGCUCCCUCUUUGUCUGGGCCUCUGGCAACGGCGGCCUCCGUUACGACAACUGCAACUGUGACGGCUACACCAACAGCAUCUAUACCCUCUCUGUGGGCAGCACUACGGAGAACGGACGGGUGCCCUGGUACAAUGAGCCCUGCGCCUCCACCCUGACCGCCACCUACAGCAGUGGGGCAAAGGAGGAGAAGCAGAUUGUGACAACAGACUUGAGACACACUUGUACCGGCAAACAUACGGGUACCUCUGCCUCUGCCCCCCUCGCAGCUGGUAUGAUUGCACUAGCUUUGGAAGCCAACCCAGCCUUGACCUGGCGGGACAUGCAGCACCUUGCGGUCAGGGCCUCUAAGCCGGCCCACCUGAAGGCAGACGAUUGGGUCACGAACGGAGUGGGACGCAGAGUGAGUCACUAUUAUGGAUAUGGGCUCUUAGAUGCUGGAGACCUGGUGGAUCUGGCCAAGAAGUGGGCCACGGCACAAACCCAGAGGAUGUGUUCCAUCAAAGUUGUCUAUGAGCCACUGGCUAUCGGCUCCAGGCUCGCUGUCUCCAAGAACGUCUCCACCUGCCCCGGGAAGAAGGGGCGCAUCCGCUCGCUGGAGCAUGUCCAGGUCCGGCUGUCUCUCAGCUACAGCCGGAGGGGAGAUCUAGCCAUCUCGCUGACCAGCCCGAUGGGGACCAAGUCCACCCUAGUGGCUCUGAGGCCUUACGACACCAGCAGUGAGGGCUACAAGGACUGGUCUUUCAUGUCCACACAUUACUGGGAUGAGGAUCCACAAGGUGUCUGGACUCUGCUGCUGGAGAACAAGGGGGAUGCGUAUAACGUGGGGUUCCUCACAAGCUUUGUAUUGAAGCUGUAUGGGACAGAUGAGGAUAUGAUGGCGAGACGGGCUGUGGCCUCGGUGGUGAGCAAGUGUUUGAGGCAGGACGCUGACGGGACAUGCCAGGAAUGCAUCCGCCCUUACUACACCUUCCAGCGCCUGUGCCUCUCCUACUGCCCACCCAGGUAUUACAGCCUCUCUCGGCGCUCCCACGACCCCGACGGAGCCGUCCGUACCCUCCACGCCUGUGCCCCCUGCCACGGGUCCUGCUAUACCUGCCAGGGCGGGGCGGCAGACAGCUGCAUCACCUGCCCGCCUUUCAGCGCCUACGACCAGCUGACCCACAGCUGCUCCCCACCGGCUGCCUCCCACCAGCCCCUUGGGGGGAGUUGGGUCUGGGGGCCGCAGCAGCUCCUCCUCCUGGUGCUGGUCAUCCUGCUCUGCUUGGGGCCCGUCCUCUUUGGCCUCCUCUGCGUGGCCUCCCGCUGCGCGUCCCUCGGAGGCUGGUGCUGGAAGCAGGCCGGACCGCGUGGGGAGUCUGAAGCCACCAGACUGGAACUGGUGUGCCUCCACCACCCUGGGGCAGAGGAAGGUGUGCCGGGGGCACCACAGCAGCCUUUUCCAUGACGCAGGUUUGCAGCCUGCCACCUGUGAACACUGCUCUGGCGGGUCCUUUUUUGAUCUCUCCAGACAAAGCCUAGUUUUCCUGAAUGCAAUAAAUGGCCAGUCUGA